AUGGCCCAACAUCAGGGGCCGGAAGUGAAUAUUGCUGGGGCCCGGCUGUGGUUCUGGGCGACUGUCAAUGCCAUCUCUGUGGAAACCCCACAGGAUGUUCUUCGGGCUGCCCGGGGAAAGAGCGUUAUCCUUCCAUGCACCUACCACACAUCGGCCUCCGACCAAAAUGGAAUUAUCCAAUGGGACAAGCUUCUAAGGAGUCACUCGGAAAGGGUGCUCACCUGGCAAUUUUCGUUGAAAAGCUACAUCUAUGGUGACCGUUACAAGAACCGCGUCAACGUAUCGAGCAAUGCUGAGCAAUCAGACGCCUCCAUCACCAUUGACCGGCUGACCAUGGACGACAACGGCACGUACGAGUGCUCAGUCUCCCUGAUGUCAGACCUGGUGGGAACCUCUAAGUCACGCGUCCGGCUCUUGGUCCUCGUGCCGCCCUCCAAACCAGACUGCGGCGUCCAGGGAGAGACCGUGAUUGGGAAUGACAUCCAGCUGACCUGCCAAUCGAAGGAGGGCUCUCCGGCCCCUCACUACAGUUGGAAGAGCUAUGACGCCCUGAACCAGGAGCGGCCAACACCAGCAGUCACAGGCCAGACCUUGUCUCUGAAGAACAUCUCCACAGAUAUGUCGGGUUAUUACAUCUGCACCUCCAGCAAUGAGGUGGGGACCGAGUCCUGUAACAUCACUGUGGCUGUCAGACCUCCCUCCAUGAACGUGGCCUUGUACGCGGGCAUUGCCGUCGGCCUGAUUGCGGCCAUCAUCAUCCUUGGCAUUGUCAUCUACUGUUGCUGCUGCCGCCGGCAGCAGGACAGAGCUGAGGACACGGCGCCGAAUCGGGCGGCCUACCAGAAGGCUCCAAAGCAGGUGAAAGAGCUUCAGACAGAGCAGGACGAGGAGGAUGACUACGGGCAAGAAGACCAGAAAAGCACUGGGCGGCAGUCCCCCCGCCACGCUGACCAGUGA